AUGGCAAGUGAUGCAGAUUUCUUCUCGGAAGUAAUAGUAGAUGCUGCUCAAGCUAUUAAAGUAACAGAUCCCAAAGGCAAUGCCGUGUACCCAAUAAAAGCUGUGAACAUUCUCAAAGCCCACGGCAGGAGUGCCAGGGAGAGUGUGUUGAUCAAGGGUUACGCUCUCAACUGUACAGUGGCUUCACAAGCAAUGCCCAAGAAGAUUGUUAAUGCUAAGAUUGCCUGUCUCGAUUUCUCACUGCAGAAGACCAAAAUGAAGAUGGGUGUGCAAGUUCUUGUAUCAGACCCAGAAAAACUAGAAGCCAUCCGAGCUCGUGAGCUUGAUAUCACAAAAGAAAGAUUACACAAGAUUCUAUCGACCGGAGUGAAUGUUAUCUUAUGUACUGGAGGUAUAGACGACCUGUGUCUCAAAUACUUUGUUGAAUGCGGCGCUAUGGGCGUGAGACGCUGUAAGAAAGCUGACUUGAAGAGAAUCGCUAAGGCCACUGGAGCUACAUUCCUGACUUCAUUGACUAAUAUGGACGGUGAGGAGGUGUUUGAGCCGAGCAUGAUUGGUGAAGCUGCUGAAGUGGUCCAGGAACAGAUUUGCGACGAUCAGCUGAUACUCAUUAAGGGGCCAGUAGCUCGUACAGCCGCCUCAAUAAUACUCCGAGGACCAACAGACGCGUAUUGUGAUGAGAUGGAACGAUCAGCCCACGACGCGUUGUGUGCCGUGCGUAGAGUGUUGGAAUCAGGCCGAGUGGUGCCUGGGGGAGGGGCCGUAGAAGCAGCCCUGUCUAUAUACCUGGAUAACUUCGCUACCACACUGAGUUCCCGAGAGCAGCUAGCAAUCGCUGCCUUCGCACAAUCAUUACUCGUUAUACCGAAGACGCUGGCCGUUAAUGCUGCGAAGGACGCUACAGACUUGGUCGCUAAACUACGAGCAUACCACAACUCCUCACAGACUAAGGUUGAACACGCGAACCUCAAAUGGGUUGGUUUAGACCUGAUCGAGGGCAGUCUCCGUGACAACUUGAAUGCCGGAGUGUUAGAGCCAGCGAUAUCUAAGAUUAAAUCAUUGAAGUUCGCCACAGAAGCAGCCAUCACCAUCCUACGUAUAGAUGACAUGAUCAAAUUAGACCCGGAACAGAAAGGAAAGAGUUAUGAAGAUGCCUGUAAUGCCGGGGAACUCGAUUAG